AUGGACGCAGCACCAGGCAAGAACGAGCCGAUCGUUAAGCUCCUGCUAGAUUCCAAAUAUGCAGCACCGACUGGUAAUCUCGUGCACAUAGCGGUGCUGAACGGCUGGAAAGACAUUCCGAAGCUGGUGGCAUCGAGUAACGCGUCACUUCUCAACUGGACGGACGACACCACCGGUAAUACUGCCCUACACCUCACGGUGGAGAAAGAAGACCCUGAUAUGGUAGAGGCGCUUCUAGCGGUCAAAGCUGAUCCCAACCUUGAAACAAGAAGGCUCGAUAUGGAUGGUCUGACACCUCUCCUGAGAGCAUGCAAAAUGGCGUUCAAGGGCGGACAUGAUACCGCCAAGCUCGUCCGGGGGGUCUUGUCUAAACGCGGAGCCGACAUUGAUCUGAAUGCCAAAUUACCUGGCAGUGAUGGGGGCCGCGCCAAGAGCAGUGAGGAGGAAAAAAGGAGCGAUGAGAAAGCAAAGGAUGAGCUCCACGAAGAAAGCGACGAACUGCACGACGAGCUCCUCAAGUUGCUCCUCGACUUUGGAGCGGACCCUAACUUGAAGGAUGCCACGGGCUCUACACCUCUUCUGCUGGCUGCGGGAGCCGGACAUAUCAAGGCACUCGGUGCUUUGCUAGAUCACAACGCCGACCCUAAUAUCAACGAUACUGGAGGAUCGACGGCGCUGCACCGAGCCGCUCAGUCUGGCUGCGUCGCCUGCAUGAAUCUGCUCGUAAAGAAGGGUGCGAAUAUGAACGCAGUCAAGUUGGACGACGAUGCUGACCGUGGGUCUUGGGGUUUUACGCCACCGGUGCUCGCGAUAGCCCAUAGGCAGCUGAGUGCCGUCAAGGCAUUGCUUCGCCUCGGGGCAGAUAUCGGACGUGCCGUACACGGUGCCGCAUUGUGUGGCGGGUUGGACAUGUCCAAGACGGUCCAUGGUAAAUGCCCGGAUCCGUAUAUAUUCGACUCUGGUUUGGGAACGCCGCUUUGCCUUGCUGUGACGGCAGAGACCAAAGACGUGGCCUCGUGUCUCCUGGAAAACCCCAAAGUCGCGACAAGUAUAGCCAAUCCCAUCGGCCAGACGCCCCUGACUAUUGCCGUCAUUCUGGGCAAUUAG